AUGACUACUAACGAGCAAUUUAGUAACAUUGAAUAUCUAUUUAUUGAUCAUACAUGUAAUCUUGAUGAUUUAAUUUCUAUACUUUCAUACACACCUCGACUUUGUCGUUUGAUUUGUACAGAAGUAAACAACUCAAAUAAGUAUAUCACAACAAAAACAAUAAGCACGAUAUCUACUUCGACAUAUAUUUCUAUUACUCGAUGUGCUGUAAGUUUUGAUGAUCUAGAAAUAUUUAUCACGCAAAUAUCAUCUCAACUAGAAGUAUUACGUAUCACUUGCUAUGAAGAUGCGACAUAUUUAGAUGCUAAUCGAUGGGAACGAAUUAUUUCACAGAACUUAUCUCAUUUAUUUAGAUUUGAUUUUAAAUAUGAAGAGAUUAUCGAUGAAGAUUUCGUAGUUACUAAAUAUCAUUCAUUAAUUAAUCAAUUCAAUUUAUCAUUUUGGAUCGAGCGAAAUUGGCUCUGUAAACUUUAUAUCGACACCGAUGGUUGGAACAUAAAUAUUAUUCGUUAUUCCAUUGAUCCAUAUAGAUUAAACAAGAAAAGUAUCUUAGCACCUAUUGGUACUAUUAUCUAUGCUUAUCUAAUUGAUUCUCAUCGUUGUUUAUCUGUUGGUGAUAUGUUCUAUCGAAAUAGUACAAUGCCCAAAGAUGAACAAAGAUUAAUGAAGAUUGAUAAUGAUGGCGGUGUUUUUAUUAUAAGAUCUUAUGAAUCAUCGAUUUCUCCUCUUAUGACAUAUCUCUUUUUCGAUAAAAUUCCUCUAUGGCCCGAUUUACCUCCAGGUCGUUACAAUUUAACAUGUCAAAUGCGAUUACGACGUCAUGUAAGAGAACUUUUUGUCACUGAUUUUUUAAAUGGUCAAUUUCGAUCAGAAUUGAAGAAAAAAGAAAAUCCUAUUAAACAAAUUAUUCUUUUAGUUUAUCGAUAA